CUCCCCGGGUAAGGAGCGCCGUUUUCCGGGCAGGCGGCGCUGAGGACCCGUUGGAGAUGACAGCUGAGGAGGGCGGAUUGAAACGCAACCUAAACCGAGAUGGAGUCCUUGAUGAGUGCUGUGUCACCUCGCUCGUCGGCGCCUGGCAAGAAAACUCCUGAGGUGGAUUUUCGGUCAGGCGCCACCCUGGAGCAGCUGUCCAGCCAAGUGUCGGAGUUGGUCCUACUGGAGCAAAGCGGCUUCGGGGACCAGACCGCCUUGGAGGUCCACACGGCAAAGGAUUUAAUUUUUAAUAUGUUAGGUUUAGUCCAGAAAGUGGAUCAGCGCCUCCCAGUGGCCAACGAGUACUUGCUACUGUCCGGAGGGGCCCGAGAAGGCGUCUUGGACCUGAACCCGGAGGACUUGGGUAAUUACGCCAAAGGUGCCGACUUUGACCUGGACUUCACCCUGCUGGUGCCGGCCCUCAAGCUCCAUGACCGCAACCAGCCAGUCACCCUGGAUAUGAGGCACUCGCCCCCGUGCCACUCGUGGCUCAGCCUGCGCCUGUGCGACUCCAACAUCCUUUCCCGAUGGAGCAUCUGUUGCCAGGAGGAGAGCGGAGUUCCUGCUGAGGAGGAGGAGGACGAGGACGACGAAGGAAAAGGCUCCAUACCGUCGCUGGACUCCCCUCAGUCUCUCGAUGGGUGCUACUUCUCCCCUGCUUUGGUGACCGACUGGUUCUGGGGGGUAGUGAGCGAGGCAGUGGAGGAGUUGCGCAGAAGCCCCCAGAGAGGCAUUCCCACCCCCGAGCGACUGGAGAGGAACGGGCCACUCGCGACUGUCAUCCUCCAGGCGGGUUCCAGCAGGGUUCUGUACGACCUUCUGCCCGUAGUGUCGUUCCGGGGCUGGCCGGCCGUGGCUCAAGGCUGGCUGACGGCUAACCACUUCUGGGAUGGGAAAAUCACAGAGGAGGAGGCCAUAUCAGGUUUCUACCUGUUGCCGUGUUGCUCGCCUCUGGCGGGGCGGCCCGACAGGGAAUGGAGACUCGCCUUCUCCCGCAGCGAGGUACAGUUGAAGAAGUGCAUCCCGUUCCCUAUGGCGCAGGCUUUCCAAGCGGCUAAAGCGGUGCUGACUCGCAUCCUGGCGCGCCCUCGCGUGGGCCUAAGCCUCUACCACCUACGCACUCUCCUCUUCUGGGCGUGCGAUCGGCUUCCCUCCGCCUUCCUGUCAUGCCCCGACUCGGAGACCCCCGGCCGGCUCCUCCUGGGUCUCCUGGACGACCUGGCGCAUUGCAUCCUGAGCAAAAACUGCCCAAACUACUUCUUGCCGCAGUGCAACAUGCUGGAGCACUUGACGGACAGCCAGGCUCUCCUGCUGGCCCGUAAACUGGCCCACGUGCGUUCCGAUCCCAGCGAGCACCUGCGGGCCGCUCUGGACCAAGCCCGACAGGCGGGUCAGCUCAAGAAGGAGCUGUCGAGCGGCGCCAACGGCUCUCCGGGACAUCACCACGUCAACGGGGUCCUCUCGCCUUCCGAUGAUAAACUCGCCCAGCGUCUGCAGCAGCUGGUCACCGAAAACCCGGGGAAAUCCAUCUCGGUCUUUCUCAACCCGGACGACGUCACGCGUCCGCACUUCCGCAUCGACGACAAGUUCUACUGACCAAUGAUUAGAACGCCUCGUAGCCUCCCGAGACGAAAGGUCGUCUGAUUUUUCCUCUUUCCGUUUCACGAUCAGAAUCAAAGUCCGCGAAACACGAGGAUGAUGUAACUGAAUGUAACUUUACGGGAGAGAACCGCCACGUCUUUUAUCACGAGCUCCCAACGAUAAUUUUCUCAGGUACCGAGAAUCCUUAUAUUGCGAAACGGAAGCGUCAUUGGACAAGCGAAUGUACCAAAGACAAGCAAACGCGCAGCAAUCGCAGAUUUGAAGUUCUCUUCAAUGACCAACUUUGCUCAUCUGUUCUUAAAGGGAACCAAGGACAGAAACACUUGUAGUUCUUAAAAGAUAAAUGUUAGUAUGAGUUAUUAUUUGAGUCUUUGGAAAAGACCAAAAUAGUGUUAUUCAGUUUUUUUUUUAAUGGGAUUUCUUCGGCUCACGCACAGCCUGAAUCGUUUGACCGAUCGGCACCGUUUGAAUAUUGAAACGACCGGAAUUUUGCGCGACGCAGGGACUUUUUUGAACGAGCCCGAAAAAUUUUCCGUUCGCCCGUAAACGGCGAUUUUCCACCGAUUUUUCGGGAAAAAAAUUCAAAAUGUAUCUAGUCCUGCAGUUUUUGACCAAAUCACAUAAUUUUGGCUUUAAAAAAUUCGGGAAAAAAUUACGGUUCCCUGGAAAUUUGCCAAAAACUUCCCCAUUCAUUUUUAAUGGGAUGCAAGUUUCCCUUUCACUUCCAAUGAAAUUUACAUUGCAUUGAGGCCAUUGACGGCCAUGUAUGUCAAAUCUAUUAAUGCCAAUGCCACUGACGGCUAUGGACGUCCAAAUUUCCCAUUCAUUUCCAAUGGCAUUAACAUUGCAUUGAGGCCAAUUUAGACAGAUGCCAUUGACGGCCAUGUACGUCAAUUUCAUUGAUGCCAAUGUACUUGGAUUCCAUUGACACAUAUGGAUGUCCAAAUUUCCCCAAAUCAACAAGAAAUGACCAGAUAUCAAUAGGACAUGCCCCCCCAAAUGUUCCCAAAUGACCCAAUAUGACCAGGACAAACCCCCAAAAUGUUCCCAAAUGACCUGACAGGACCCCCCCCCCCCCCAAAUGUCCCCAAAAGACCUGAUGUGACCACGACACGCCCCCCAAAUGUUCCCAAAUUACCUGAUAUGACCGGGACACGCUCCCCCAAAUGUCCUCAAAUGACCUGAUAUGACUAGGACGCCCCCCCAAAUGUCUCCAAAUGACCCGAUAUGACCCCAAAUGACCUAGACAUGUCCCCAAAAUGUCCCCAAAUCAACAGGAAGUGACCUGAUAUUGUCCCCGAAAUUUCCCCAAACCAACCUGGGCGGGGCUAAGAUCUGUAUCUCCACACAGCAAAGACCCAGAGUAAUUUCUCCAGAAAAUGCAGUUUCUAGUAAUAAUUUGAUAUUCAAACCUCUCAACCUCGCCAUUGUGGUGGACGACGCAAUUCACCCUGGGAGGUGAAGGCACUGGCCGGCGUUAGCACGUUAGCUACAUUCACAUGUCGUCGCUUCUGCCUUUCCAAUUUCAACCUGAGUGGAAAACUGAUGAGCAGGACAGCACUGUCGAUAUUUCACAAAACGAGCAGCAAAAGCAAUUGAAUGAAGAUCUCCAACGGGAUUCGAACCCGUGUUUCCCGUGCAACAGAUAAGCAUGUUGACCACAGGACUAUACUUCGUCUUGGCGAUGGAUUCAUGAAAAAAAUCCCGAGGGAAAACCGUGGCGAGAGGCAGACAAACGCAAAAAACAAGGCAGUGAUGCAAUGAAAGGAUUGGCAGCAAGUCAAUAUCUCGGCAAGACGCCUAGGAUCGAUUUAACGACACUGCUAAUGAGCUGGAAUUGGAUGCAGGUUGGGAACUCAACCCACAGCUCUCUAACAAAACAAUCAGCGGAAAAACAAAAUCAUGCAAGUCGUCUUGCUAGCUUCGCUUGUUAGCUAGCUAGCACAGCUAUUCUCCCAGUCCAGCCCAACUGCGUCAUCACCCCCAGUGUGCAUUCCGUGCGUAAAACAUGGACUAAAUAUUAUAGAUUUUUAAAUCAAUGGCAAAUAUAAAUGUGUUUCUAAUAACAUUUUAGUAAAAGAAAACAAUUGUGUCUUAUUAAAACCUACAAGUCCAAGUCCGAGGUUCUCUUUAAAUCUCACGGCUGUCUUUCGUAUUGUGAAAAAAAACUCGUUUUUCCCAAGUACUACGGAAGAAGUAAAGGAACAGACUGUGAAGGACUUCCAUUUUUGUAUUAAAGAGAUAAAUGAUUCCUACCCUAGCGAUUGCAGCGCACUGUAAAUUAAUCUGACAACGGACGAAAUUUGUCUAGCGAAAGCCUUCCAUGUUUUUGAAAGAUGACAUAUUUUUCAAGUGACUAAUUGUGUGUUCUUUGAACAAAGCUGCUGUUUCUCUAAAAGUUGGAUGUGUCGACUGCUGAAUUGUCUAAGCUGCUCUCAGUGUGCAUGUGUGUAAUGAAGCUGAGGGACUACCAAAGUGCAGAAUUUUGACUGAAAAAUAUCAAUGCGGUGGUACGUGCAGAAGAGUUGAUAAACUGCAGUUCUAGCAUGAAAGUAUCUGCUAUUUUCUGUGUCAUUUUGCUGCUUUUUACUCAAAACUGCUAAAUAUUUCUCAACUUAAGUGCUAAUUACUACGAUUAUUCUAAUGUUGGGCUAUAACAUGACUGAUUAAAUGUAUUUAUUACUUUAUUCUGAGGGCUUUCUAUUGAUUGGUUUCAGCCUAAAUCGUUCAAUAAAUGACCAUUUGUAUCAAAGUGUUUUAUUUUUAUUUAUUUUUUAAAAUCAUUGUAUUGGUGACAGAGAAAACAAACCACACUCAAAUGUGAGGUAUUUUUAUCAAACUGCAUUGUAGGUAGGGACGUAACACGAGCAACUUUUCAGGAUGCUCAAAUUGCCCCUACCAACUUUUAAGCAACCGUAUUUGCAUUAUAUAAUGAGUUCAAUUAUAUAGGUAAUUUAGAUUGUCUUCCUAUAUGUUGAAAGGAUAGAACUGACCCUACCAUUAUU